AUGGGUGACUGGAGCUUUCUGGGGAGACUGUUAGAGAAUGCGCAGGAGCACUCCACGGUUAUUGGCAAGGUGUGGCUGACCGUGCUGUUUAUCUUCAGGAUACUGGUGCUGGGGGCUGCUGCUGAGGAGGUCUGGGGAGAUGAACAGUCGGACUUUACGUGUAACACUCAGCAACCUGGUUGUGAAAAUGUUUGCUAUGACAAAGCCUUCCCUAUUUCUCACAUCCGCUUCUGGGUGCUGCAGAUCAUUUUUGUGUCCACUCCAACCCUCAUCUACCUGGGCCACGUGCUGCACAUUGUACGCAUGGAGGAGAAGAGGAAGGAGAAGGAAGAGCUGAAAAAGAAGGGAAGUGUCAAAGACAGCAACUACGCAGGAGCAGCAGCGUCUGGUAGUAGUAGUGGAGGAGGCAGCAAUAACAUCAAAGACCCUCUUGGCAAAAGGGGGAAGGAAAAGCUCCCAAUUCGUGAUGAACGUGGUAGAAUCCGUAUGGGAGGUGCCCUGCUCCGUACCUAUGUCUUCAACAUCAUUUGCAAAACGCUGUUUGAGGUGGGCUUCAUUGUGGGCCAGUACUUCCUCUAUGGCUUCGAGCUAAAGCCAGUCUACCAAUGCAGCCGCUCCCCUUGCCCACACACCGUGGACUGCUUCAUCUCAAGGCCCACUGAGAAGACCAUCUUCAUCAUCUUCAUGUUGGUGGUGGCUUCUGUCUCCUUGCUGUUGAACAUGCUUGAGAUAUAUCACUUGGGGUGGAAGAAGCUUAAGCAGGGCAUGACAAGCCGAUACAGCCUUGAGAUGCCUGUUGCAACAAUGACACCAGUCAUGGUAACCGGGGAGUCCAAACCUGUUGCCCUGCCACCACCAGUACCACCUGUGGUAGUAACAACUGCUGUGCCCACCCCUGUUCUGCCUGACACACGUGCUGUCACACCACUGCUGGCCCCAGUGACCAUGGCACCAUAUUAUGCUGCGGCUGCUCCAAGACCACGGCCCCCUUCCAACACAACUUCCAUGGCAAGCUACCCUGUUGCUCCACCAAUUCCUGAGGAGAGGCACCGUGCUGUGACUCCUACACCCAUCUCCACUCCUGUCACCAUACCAACCCCCAUCCCCACGCCCACGCCAGCUGUUAUCAACUACUUCAACAGUAACACCCGUGCCCUGGCAGCCGAACAGAACUGGGUCAAUAUGUCAGCUGGGCAGCAGGGGAAGGUGCCCUCCAGCUCAGCAGGCUCCUCUACCCCCAGCAGCGUCCGGCAUCCCCUUCCUGAGCAGGAAGAGCCUCUGGAGCAGCUACUGCCACCCCCAGCUGAGCCACCCAUUGCUGUAGUCAACAGUGGCAGCAGCACAAGCCUGAGUGGGGCAAGCGGCAGCAAGUGGGAUGUGGAGGGUGAGGAGGAGGAACGGGCUGUCCCAGCUGCCUGCACUACGGUGGAGAUGCAUGAGCCGCCGCUGCUCGUUGACACGCGGCGCCUGAGCAGGGCCAGUAAGUCAAGCAGCUGCAGAGCCCGGUCAGAUGACCUGGCCGUGUAGUGAGGUCACCUCUGCUCAGAGUAGCAGAUGAUGGAAGGCUGAGCGGGCAGGGGAGCUGCCUGGGGUGGCCUGGCCAGGCCUGGCGUGGGUGGGAAGACCUGGGCUUCAAACUUUGACGCUUGCUGUUUUUGCACUCUGUGAGUUGUAGUGGGGAAAAAUAUCAACAUUUUCUAAUAGGUCAGGGGUGGCCAAAGCGCAGCCCACGGGCCAGGGCUUUCCUUCAUGGGCAGUCACACGGGAGGCCUGCACAGAUAGCAGGUGGUGAUGGUAGCUGCUCACCUGCCCUCAGGCUGCCUUUCACCUGAGAAAAGCGUUAACAUUGCUAGUGCCCAUGUGCCUGGCUGUCAUCUCCCUCUGGCCCUUGCCUUCACUUCCACCCUUUUCCACGUAAGCAUGUGAAGCCUUUACGUGAGCAGA